AUGGUUUUGGUAGGUUUAUUAAGGUCUAAUAUUACAUUAUUACUUACGCCAGCCCCGAAAUUAACACCCUACAAAACGUCAAGAGAAAAACAAUUUUUGAAUAGGGCUAUUUGUUUUAGAAGAAAUAAUGGGAUUUUGACUCCUGGUGACUUUGAAUCUAGACAACAAUAUUAUAUUGAAAAAUUGAAUUCAUCGGAUUUUUAUGCUGAGAAACCUGAUCUGGAUGGCAAUCCACCGAACCCAUUCACCGAUCCUUCUACUAAUGACGCAAUGAUGAGCAUGGUGAAAGGAAAUUUAAUGAAUUACAUUCCACAAACGUUGAUUAUGGGAUGGGUCAAUUACUUCUUCGCAGGGUUCGUAGUUAUGAAACUUCCAUUCCCUCUUACUGACGGGUUUAAGAGUAUGUUACAGAGUGGGGUUGCUACACCUUCUUUGAAUGUUCGUUAUGUAUCGUCCAUCUCCUGGUACUUUGUCAAUUUGCUUGGGUUGAAACCAGUCUACUCUUUGCUUAUGAAUGAUUCAAAGAUUGUCGACCAAAUGAUGCAACAACAGCAGCAACAGCAAAUGCCAAACAUAGGUGGGCCUGGUGCUCCAAAAGUAGAUAAAGUUUUCAAGGCUGAAGCAGAAAAUAUUCAAAUUUUAUCUCACGAAUCCAUAUUUGAUGGAAUUGUAGAUAGAGUUCUAAACCAAUCUGAUUAA